AUGGCAAACCAUCUAGUCCUUUUCCAAUUCAUUGGUGGAUUGAUCUCUACCUCCGCUAUCCAUUACCAAUCACGCUAUAAUAAAAUACAUAGAUCCAUUUAUGGACUCUCCUACGAUUUAUACAUUCUCGAAUUCUUUUCACAUCUUGUAUCAAUCUUUUGUACUUUACAAUACAAAUUCUCUCCAUUGAUAAGCAAACAAUACGCAGAAAGAUUCCCUCUUUUUUAUCCUCAAGAUGAUCCUGCCACAAAUUUACCGAUAUCAAUCAUACUCUUAUUAAAAGAUAUUCUCAUAUCAAUCUCUUCCUUAGCAAUCUUAAAACAAUUGAACAAAUAUAGAUCUUCAAAACAUAUAUUCCAAGGAAUAUCCAUCUAUUGUAUCACAUCCAUCAUUAUUCUAAUAAUAUUCUCCAUUUUAACAUUCACUUGUUCACGAUUUUAUUUACCAGAAAGAAAUUCAGGUAAAUUUGGGAUUUUUUAUAUUGAACAUAUAAAUUAUCUUUGGGUAUUGGGUAAUUUCUUAAGUUGUUGUAAAUUUUUCCCUCAAAUUUCAAUUAAUUAUAUGGGUUCAUCCACAAUUGGGUUUUCCUCCAAAUAUCUCGUCUUAUAUAUUAUCUCCAUAUUAUGUCAAUUUCUUACAUUAUUUGGAGAUGAGAAACCAUUUUAUCGUUUAGAAUUUAAUAGAACUCCAUUUUUCACCAUCAUCAUUCAAUUCAUUUCCUUAAUGUUCUUAUUAUAUCAAGCACAAUUUUUAUACUUAAAUUCAAGACCUUAUUUACCAAGGGGGAAAUAG